AUGGAAGUCGAUUCUCCAAAAGAAUGUGACAAGGAUCAUGACCAUACUCAUUCUAAAGAUGGAUUCGAACCUCUUAAGCAAGAGUAUUUCGAAGGCAAACACUUGAGUGAACCUGACAAAUGGAAGCUCUUGCCUGCCUUCCUUAGGGUCAAGGGUCUUGUUAAGCAGCAUAUUGAUUCUUUCGAUUACUUUAUCAAUACUGAUCUUCGCAAAAUUGUUAAAGCCAAUGAAAAGAUUACCUCUGAUGUCGAUCCUAACUUUUAUCUCAAAUAUACUGGUAUUCGUGUUGGAAUGCCAGAACGUACCGAUACCGAUGUAGCAAACCGCAGCUACACGCCUCACGAAUGUCGCCUUCGCGAUCUGUCUUAUUCAGCCAACAUUUUCGUCGAUGUCGAAUACACUCGUGGAAAGCAAAUUGUCAAACGCAAAAAUGUUAUUAUUGGACGUAUGCCUAUCAUGUUGCGUUCAUCGCAUUGUGUCUUGAGAGGAAAAAAUGAAGCUGAGUUGGCACGAAUGAAGGAAUGUCCCCUCGAUCCCGGCGGUUACUUUGUUGUAAAGGGUACAGAAAAGGUUAUUCUUGUGCAGGAGCAAUUGUCCAAGAAUCGUAUUAUUGUUGAUGUGGAUAAGAAGGGCAAUAUUAUUGCAAACGUACAGAGUUCUACUCACGAACGUAAAUCAAAGACGGCCAUUUUUGUGAAACAUGGAAAGAUUUACUUGAAGCAUAACUCCAUUGCUGAGGAUAUACCUGUUAUGGUGUUUAUGAAGGCUUUGGGAAUUCAAUCGGACAGAGAAAUUGCUCAGCUUGUUUGUGGAAAUGACCAUGAUCUUCAUGACGCUUUUGCUAUUAACUUGGAAGAAAGCUCCAAGCUGCGUGUAUUCACGCAGUUGCAAGCAUUGGAAUUUAUUGGAUCUAAAGUCAAGGUUAACCGAAAACUUGCUACAUAUAGAAAGACGCUUGCCGAAGAGGCACUCGAAGUUUUAGCUACUGUAAUUCUUGCUCACGUACCUGUUGAGAAUCUUAACUUCCGUGAAAAGAGUAUUUAUGCUUCAGUAAUGAUCAGACGUGUGCUGGUUGCCAUGGGAGAUGAGGUUCAGGUGGAUGAUCGUGAUUAUGUUGGUAACAAGAGACUGGAAUUGGCCGGCCAAUUGCUCUCGCUCCUGUUUGAAGAUUUGUUCAAGCGAUUUAAUUCCGAUCUUAAGAUGAACGCAGACAAGGUUCUUAAAAAACCCAACCGUACCCAAGAAUUCGAUAUUUUCAACCAGCUUAUGCUCCACGGUGAUCAUAUUACCAGUGGCUUUAUCAGAGCUAUCUCGACAGGAAACUGGGUCUUGAAGCGUUUCAAGAUGGACCGAGCUGGUAUCACUCAGGUCUUGUCCCGCUUAUCUUAUAUCUCUGCUUUGGGUAUGAUGACUAGAAUUUCUUCCCAGUUUGAAAAAACAAGAAAGGUUUCAGGUCCUAGAGCACUCCAGCCUUCUCAAUGGGGUAUGCUUUGCCCUUCUGAUACUCCCGAAGGAGAAGCAUGUGGCCUUGUAAAGAACUUGGCUCUUAUGACACAUAUUACAACUGACGAUGAAGAAGAUCCAAUUAGAAAGAUUGCUUAUGCAUUGGGUGUAGAAGAUAUUAACAUGCUCACUGGUGCUGAAAUUUAUCAGCCCAACACUUUUGUCGUAAUGAUGAACGGUGUAAUUUUGGGUGUUACUCAGCGCGCUCAAAAGUUUGUCACUGAUUUCCGUCGACUGAGACGUGCAGGCCGCCUGUCUGAAUUUGUUACUGUUUUUGUUAACAUUCAUCAACGUACUGUCAACCUGUCUUCUGAUGGAGGACGUAUUUGUCGACCUUUGAUUAUUGUUGAUAAGGGAAAGCCCAGGGUCACACAACAGCAUAUUGAUGACCUUAUUGCAGAAAAGUUAGUUUUUGAUGACUUUCUUAAAAAGGGUUUGGUGGAGUAUUUGGAUGUAAAUGAAGAAAGUGAUGCAAACAUCGCAACUUAUGAAGCAGACAUUAUUCCUCAAACAACCCAUCUUGAAAUUGAACCUUUUACUAUCCUUGGUGCUGUUGCUGGUCUGAUUCCUUAUCCCCAUCACAAUCAGUCUCCUCGUAAUACAUAUCAAUGUGCAAUGGGUAAACAAGCUAUUGGUGCUAUUGGCUACAACCAGUUAAAUCGUAUUGAGACACUUAUCUACCUGAUGGUGUACCCACAACAACCCAUGGUUAAAUCAAAGACUAUUGAACUAAUCGGAUACGACAAGCUUCCUGCUGGUCAAAACGCCACUGUUGCUGUCAUGAGUUACUCUGGCUAUGAUAUUGAAGAUGCCUUGGUCCUUAACAAGUCUGGCCUUGAUCGUGGAUUUGGUCGUUGUCAAGUAAUGAGAAAGUAUGCCACUUUAGUAAAGAGAUAUCCAAACGCAACCCACGACCGACUGGCUGAUCCUCCAACCCAGGAUUCUGAUUUGUGGAAUCCCAGUUAUGAUGCGAUUGAACAGGAUGGUAUUGCUGGUGUUGGUGAACCACUUGAGGCAGGCUCGAUUUUUGUGAAUAAGCAAGUUCCUACAAGUAGUGGUUUGGAUCCUGGCGUUGCCAGUUCUGCACAAACUGUAUCUUACAAGAGUGCUCCUAUGAGAUACAAGUCUCCCCAAACCGGUUACGUUGAUAAGGUUCUCUUCACGACUACUGAGAGUGAUCAAACUUUGAUCAAAGUUAAUAUCCGUCAAACUCGCCGUCCUGAACUUGGAGACAAAUUCUCGUCUCGUCACGGACAAAAGGGUGUGUGUGGAAUUAUUGUCCAACAAGAAGACAUGCCAUUUGCCGAUACGGGUGUGUGCCCAGACAUUAUCAUGAACCCUCACGGUUUCCCAUCUCGAAUGACGGUUGGUAAGAUGAUUGAGCUUUUGGCUGGUAAGGCUGGUGUACUUGCAGGUAAACUACAGUACGGUACUGCCUUUGGUGGAUCAAAGGUUGAAGAUAUGAGCCGAAUCUUGAUGGAUCAUGGCUUCAAUUACUCUGGAAAGGAUUAUGUUACAUCUGGUAUUACUGGCGAACCUCUUUCUGCCUACAUCUUCUUUGGCCCUAUUUACUACCAAAAGUUGAAGCACAUGGUUAUGGAUAAGAUGCACGCUCGUGCUCGUGGUCCUCGCGCAACACUUACACGCCAACCUACAGAAGGUCGUUCGCGUGAUGGUGGUCUUCGAUUGGGAGAGAUGGAGCGCGAUUGCUUGAUUGGUUAUGGUGCAAGUAUGCUACUAUUGGAGCGUUUGAUGAUUUCAUCUGAUGCCUUUGAGGUGCAUGUGUGCGACGUAUGUGGUCUUAUUGGUUAUGCGGGAUGGUGUCAGUAUUGUAAGAGUAGCAAGAGCAUUAAGAAGAUGCAGAUACCUUAUGCCGCCAAAUUGCUAUUCCAAGAACUGAUGGCAAUGAACAUCUCUCCAAGGAUGAUCCUUGAGGAUGCUCUUUAA